AUGAGUGCAUCUGACUCCACUUUAGAGCCUUUGUUUCCAUUAAGUUAUCCAGAGUACGUGUACAAUUUCGCGUAUGGUUCCAAUAUGCAUCCUAAUGUCUUAACUGGUCGACGAAAAAUUCAUCCAGUGGAAUCUAUUCCAGGAGUAUUGGAAGGAUGGCAGUUGACGUUUGACUUUCGUGGCAUUCCUGCAGUUGAGCCAUGCUUUGGCAAUAUUAAAGAAAAUCCUGAUGCCGAAACUCACGGAGUAUUGCAUAAGAUGACAAGCAAAGAAUUUAAACACUUAAUGGCAACUGAAGGAGGAAGUGGAGUAGAUGCCAAUGGAUACAUACCGCAAAAAGUCAAUGUAUAUGCUUACGAUGGUCGUAUAAUUGAAGCUUAUGCAUUAGUUGUUCGUCAGACAAGUCCAGCCAUAUUGUAUCAUCAUGCAUUGCCCAGCAAUCGUUAUAUUGGUCUUUUACGUAGUGGCGCAACACAUCACAAUAUUCAUCCAUUAUAUAUUGAAUAUUUACAAUCUUUACCUUCAAUCGAACGUAACAAACCUGUAAUGAUACUAGUUAUUAUUGAAACACUAAUACUAAUUACAUUGUUUGCGCCAAUGUGGAUUCCUGUCAUAAUUUAUGAUGUAUGCACGCAUCGAAAAGCACAUGCUCAAGCAUACUUUUUUACACUGAUUAUGACUAAUUUAUGGCGCAUCUAUCGUCUUUUUGGCAGAAAGAGAGCUAUUCAACCUUAUUACUCUGCACCGUUUCCUCGAGGAAGCACACAUUUCAAAGCGAACACAGAAACAUUCCGUGCUGAAGUUCAAAUAGAUGAGCAAACUUUACUGGAUACUGUAUCAGACAUUUCAUCAGAACCGAUUUUAUCUUCAACAUUUCCUUCACUAAUCAAACAACGACAGAUUAAUCAAAUUUUGGUCGAAGAAACUCAACAACAGUAUAUUGAAUGA